AUGGAUCCGCCCUCGGGUGGCCUGUCCGCCACGGAGGAUGACCAGAAGUGUUUUCUUGCAGAUGUGCAGCAUCGGCUUUCCCUGCACUGUUGCCGCGUGUUGGCUCAACUCACGACGCACACGAACAAAUCUUUUCUCGCCCUGGCAAAGCGAGGACGCUCCCCACCACGUCCAGAGGCAGGAGGCGAACGUGCUGAGGACACUGGAAAACGCGAUGAGUUCAGCAUGCACGAGGAGGCCUACCGGUCUGUCCUCAGCGCCAUUGCGGCUUCAUGCACUCUAGGGCAUCGCUCCUGUCAUGCCCUCUGGGGCCCACGUGGGUGUGGUGAGCACCGCAUUCUUCGCCUCGUGGCAAAGGAGUGCAUGCAGCGCAAGGAGACACUUGUGCUUUACCUCGAUGGUGACACUCUCAACGGCGACGAAGAUGGCCUUCGCUCCAUUGCGGGACAAAUGCUGAGUUUUUUGCAGAGCCCACAAUCGGCGCAGUUGCGAGCGGCUGAUUGGUCCUUGCGGACGGGGAACUUCGACUUUGGGUCUCUUUUUGGCUUCUCAAGGUUGCUGCCGCAGGACGUUGAUGAGUCGGCGUCGCACGAGAGCGGCGAUGACACUGCCAAGCUGCCAGCGCAAAGGAGAACUGCGGCUAACCGGCAAAAAAAAACUGGAAAAGAGAACGACAGGGAGGCGGCGAGAAAGCGGGCUCGCGCGCCAUCGCCUGCUGACUCGGGGAGUGAAGAGGGAAGCCUAGACGGGGAUGGACGCCCGCUCUUGAUGACGUCAACGAUGGCGUCGGCCACAGGAGGUGUUUCGAGUGCCUUGCCAGCCUUGCAGCGGGCGCUUCUUUUGAUGAAGAGUUAUGGCACAAACCUUGUCGUUUGCAUCCGUCGCGUGGAAAGGUUUGGUAUUUGGUGUGACCAACUCCUGUACGUGCUCUCCGGGCUCAUGCACGAGAGUGACGGUCGAGGCGGCGGCAUGUCGCUCGUCAUGACCUCAUCGACGCCCGACAUUCGGCAGCUAGAGAAACGUCUCUCGAGCCGACUCACUUGUGAAACGCGUUGCAUCCCAUUGCUUCCGUGGACCGCUAGCCGCGUGGCUAGGGCCUGCCUCGUAGAGGUGAAGGAAACCCUGCAACACCAGCUUGAAAAGAGGGCAACGGUGAAGAAGAGGGCGGAAAGCAGGAGGGAAAAAACCUCUGCUUCGGGAGUUCCGUCGCUGCCUGGGGCGGAUGGCUUGGUUCCUCCCCACACGGGGUGGAGCUUUGAUGUCGUGAGCGCCGCGCAGAAGGGAGGAAACCAACAGGCACAUGCGACGUUGGCCACAUCCGCGGCCUCGCCGCUUGCCCACGGGCAGUUGUUGGAGAAAACGAUGCUGGAGAUGCUGAUGGCUGCCGUGGCAGAACUGGACGAGGCCGACAGUGUCGGACGUGAGCCACUGAACGACGGCGUCUUCGCGCGACGAGUUUCACAAGUCUCUAAGGAUCUGAGGAGUAUCGCUGCCACAGCUGGACGAGUGGUGGCGUCUGUCUCGUCGGCUUUUGGCGAAGUUUGUUCUGGGCGUCUAGCGUUUCUCAGUGAGAAGAGUCGUCGCAGCACGUUAUUGUGGUUGGCAAUAUGGUUGAAAAAGAGCGGCGGCGACACGAGUUUGCGGGAAACCUUCGCGACGGCCCCACAGGCUGUACGGGCACUGUGGUUAUCGACUUCUUCCAAGAACCACACUCGGAAUACAACCGAGGCGGCGUCGGCGUCGGCGUCUUUUGAUGGGCGCCAGCUGUUAUUUGACGACCUGCUCUCGGAUUGCCGUCUUGUGGAACUGGGGUAUUGCUCUCGCGAAACAUUCCUUGUCCUGCUGUACGUGUACUUGCGGCACGAGGCGGGGGUGACGCGAACCGUUGUUGACCUGCUGGAGGACGUCUCGUCUUCCAUGGGGACCCAAGCAGCCGCGGCUCUUGACCGUGCGGCUUUUCGUGUUGCUAUUGCCGCAUUGCACCGUUGGCGCAUUCUUCGCGUCGCCGGAAAGAGUGGCGCCGGCGUGGUUUCACUGCGCGGUAGCCCGGCGAGACUUCGGGAAUUCCUGCAGUCGGUUCUGCGUCGGGCGGACUACUGUGGGUCCGUGUUGGGGCUGGAGGCGAAGGAGCUGACAAGGCUGCGUAGUCUCGUAUGA